AUGGAAGUGAUGAAGGGGGAAGGCGGCGCCGGCGUGCCAGAAGAACGCAGGGAGAACGGAGGAGGAUUCGAUUGGUCCGGAUUCUUCAAGAAUCCUUACAUAUUGCUACAAAUCGUCUUAUACGUCUAUCUGUUUUACACAAAAUUACCUGGCCUUGAUGAGCUAUCUACUAGAACUGGAGAAGUAGAUUGGGAAUUAGAGAAUUGGGGGAUUGGAAUUUAUAGUCAGAUGUUUGGCUCUCACCAGAAGGUUCCUCUAUUUUCCCAGACGCAGGAAUAG